CAGCGGCAGUCGAUAUCGCCGAUCCUAUGCCGACCUGUCGAUAGAUUUGUGCGUUCCAAGCUACAAGUAUGCUGCGCGGAACUAAUAUUUCAGUUUACAUAACGUGAAUACGCGUGUUACUAGUGUUUUCAGUAAUAUUUGUAUCUAGUUGUGACUAACGAGGAUGCAGUGACAUAGUGUGUGUGUGUACGAAGUUUGUAGUGCACAAUGUGUGCGUGUGUGAGUGUUGGAAGAAAUGGAUGUUGAGGAGAGAGUCCAUUCUGCGCCAUGGCGGUGGUCGCUGCUGCUCUCUGUCGUGGUGUUGAACAUUUGCCUGCCCAGUCUGGUGCUGUCAUACGGGACCCUGCUGGCGCACGGAGUGAGCUACGGCCUGCCUCUAGGGCUCGGUGUGUGCACACCGGCUAUACUCGUGCUAACAUUUUGCCUGUCACAAUGUUGGUGCAGAGACGCGGCCGACUCGUGGGGCGGGCCGACCGGCUACCGGGUGAUGGCGGCCGCGGGGCUGAUGCUCAUCGUGGCCUCGCUUGUGAUGUGCGCCUUCCUGCCGUUCCACUUGCAGCCGUUUAUUUACGGGAUUCUUGGAGGUCUUGGCUCGUCGAUAAUCUCAGCACAAGUCGAUGCAGUUGUAUUCGAUUGUUACGAUACUCGAUUAGCAAUAGUUAGAGGACUCAGCUUAAUUGGACAAGCGGUAGGACUAUCCAUAUUUCCGCACCUAAUUACAAGCCUGGUGGAAAACUACGGAUACUCAAUGUCGUAUAUUGUGCUAAGCGCAGUAAUGCUUCAGGCGCUACCAGCCAUCCUGCUCCUCAAAUCCACUGAUAUCAAACGACCCACCACUUUCUCAAGAUAUAACGAUUUAGCUAAAUCGUAUGCUAUAUUUAGUAACGAUACCGUUAACAACUUUUACAGUAAUGAAUUGCAUCUUCAAGAUAUGAGCAAAAGUUGGAGAAGUCCCAGUGGUCAGUCGAGCUCAGAGGAUGAAAUGGACGAUAUUUACGACGGUGAUGACCACGUCAACACAGCGGCAAUCACUCCACCUCCAAGCCCCGAAGAGAAAAGACGGAACAUAUUUGGAGUAGAAAUAUUGCCUGAAAUACCCGAAGAGACUGAAGAUAGCGAUGAUAACAAAAGUGAUAUAAACGCUAGUAAUAAUCAAAGACGAAAAUUUAGUAACGCUAUCAAAAGACUGAGCACGAUAGGUGACAACUUUGAUGAGUAUAUAGGGAAACAAACAAGGAGAGAUUCAAACACAGAGAGUAGUAAUAGGGAUGAAUAUUCGGAAAUAGACAUAACGCAUGAGACCAUUGCUCCCAUUACAGAAAUUAGGCGAGAGAAAGUAUUCAACUCUUUUAGUUUCCGUUGUCAAUCAGCGUACGCUAGUGUGAGGAGGUCAUUAUGGAUGCCUUCAUACAGAAUAUACAGAUUUCGGAGAAGAACGCUUUACUUGAUGUACAACAUCAACGACACUUUCAUAAAACCACUAACAAGAUCUCUAGUGUGCUGGCGGUUCUACCCGGCAUUGUUGCUAUCUUUCACGAGGCUCAUGUUGAUAACAGUGUUUAUGGCUCUACUGCCUUUGACCAAUCUAAAUAUGAAGCCAAAGACUUCAAUGAUCGAGACAAACUUCAUACUUUCAUUGAUGGGGUUCACGUGGAUUAGUUUCAUGUUGACAACACCCUGGCUUGCGCAUAUACCGAAGAGGAAUUGUAAAUAUCUGUCGGUGAUUGGGUUAUCAAUUAUUACAGCCGCAUGUUAUGUGAUAGCGGAGACAUACAGCCAUGACGCAUUUUCAAUCGCCUGUGUUAUAACGGGUACUGGGUUCGGAGCUCUCCUUUCCUCUUGGGAGUCAGCCGCUCAGGACUUUAUCGGAGUCCAUAAAUGGUCUAAAGUCAGAAGUACUUUGGAAACCUUAUCGGGAAUGUCUGUAGCUGGUUUUACUUUUGGACUAAUUUUCUUGGUGCCAUUGGAAGAGCCAGGCGGUUUUCAUUUAUGUCUGACAAUAAUAAGUUAUACUUUAACAGCAGUCUUGUCUGUUUGGUUCAUUAUUGCUGUAAUAUCUUUGUACAUAUUGAAAGUAAGGUCAUUGAGAACGAGACUCAAUUGUUUCUCUUAAAGAAAAUUUUAAAACAUUAGGAUUUACUAUUCUAGCUAGAUUGAAAUGUGAAUAAUUGUGAUACUAUUUUUGUAAUCAUGUACACGUGUUGAUAAGUUAUAAUAAUACAUAAUAUGCUAUUUAAUAAACAAUUGUAUUUUGAA